AUGAGUGACCGGCCAUUUUUGGAGUCUUCACCGUCCAAGAUGUUUGACCCUCUGUUGUAUAGCAUCGGAGAGGAUCCAAGCAUAACAGACAGUAAACAGAGGCUCAAACCUGGCGAUAGAGAUCGACAGGGGAGUGACUCCGGUGGAGUAGCAAUGACCAAUGGGAAUGCUAUCACUGGAGGAUCACUUCAAGGUUUAGUACCUACAGUUAAUACUAAUGUUAUUAGUACUGGAAGUGGAUGGACUCCUUUUAUUGAAAGAGCUAACAACGACUUAUAUCUCACCAAAUUCAAUAGCUUGAACAUGUCUUCCCCGUCCAAUCAUAAUCAUCUUUCCCAAACUCCUAACAACAUUGAGAAGUCUUUUCAGUUCGCAGAUUUCCUGAUGGAUACCCCAUUAGGAGCAAACAAUUCCAAUAACAUCACCAACAGCUUCGACUCCCCUGGGAGUUUUUACCGAACUUUGCUCGGAGGAAGUGCCAAGAAAGAAAACAUCGACUCCUCACUAAAGUUCUGGAAAACACCUUUGAAAACAAGUAGUAACCAACUUCUCAGUCAGUUAUCUCCAGGGCUAAUAAAAGGCACCAGUAAUGUCAAUAACAUUCUUUCUUUCAAUACUCCCUCGAGAGAUAAUGCAGGGAGAACAGUGAUUCGUGAACGCAUAUCCAACAACAAUCAAAUAACCCCGAACAUCCAUGAAGCUUCGUCUCCGUCCACAAUCGUUUUAAAGAGCUCAGAAGUUAAUACAGCAAAGAAAAAAGAUCAUAACAGUACUAAUCUGCCUGAUGCAAGCGUCAUGGUAUCUCCAACUCCGGCCAAGAUUGCCAAGGUGUUACCAACUAAAGUUGGCCCAGAAGGAACCUCUAUGGGUCCUGUGAUGGGUAUUUUUGCUGAUUCGAAGCAUCGUCAACCAUUGAUGCCCAAACAUUUGAAUCAAGGACAAUUCAACCAGAAACAGAAACUCAACGUCAAAUCCCAGAAGCAAGAGCAGGCAGGUCCCAAGAAGCGACAAUGGGAUAACAUCGAGAGUGGUAUGAACAAAUUUCAGAUUGUAUUUACAGACGUUAAGCAGAUCCACAAUAGGUCUCAGAAGAAACGUCGCAACAAUAACAACCAGAAUGGGUUAACCAGGGCGAACACUGUGGGAGCAAUGUCGAACCCUGGGCUCCCACGGCCAAAUAACACUCAGAUACGUUCGGAACGAGCCAUUUUUCGAUCCGUGUCAGUUCCAGACCAGCAGUUUAACUACGCAAAUCCACAGGAAUUUCUACAUCACAAUACCAAUGGUAAUACCACGACGUCAAGGAAUGGAAACGACGACUUGGAGGAAGACUUCGUCAACCUCUUGCGGAGUACCCGAGGCUAA